AUGUCGGAGGUGUUCAAGCGCUGCGUAGAAGACUAUUCUCCUAACGAUCCCAACGAGGAUUUUCACGAGGGGCCACCUCCAACUGGUUUCAGAAACCUGACAGAGUGCAUACGGCCGUACCACCCAAAUCCUCAGUGGCAGCUUUUUCCUGGAGAAGUGGGAAGCUUCGAGCGGGAUCAGAAGAUUUGCUCCAUGUACACAUUAGCCACAGGUUUAUUCAGAGACAUUAACGCAUGCAUCAGAAACGACAAUGAAGACGGAUUGCGACGCUUAGCUCCCAUGAUCUGGGAAAUUAGAGAGGUCUUGCGUUUCGAGACGGCCAAGAUUUGCAAGCCAGAUGGGCGCAAGUGCAAGCCCUUUAUGGGAAAGUGCUUGCGUGGCCUCGAGGUCCCAGAAAAAGAGGUAGAAAAGUGGGCCGCCCUUUACAAGGCCGGAACUGAAUUCGUUUGGCCGGCCUUUACCUCCUGUCAGCUGGAAGACGGAGGUUUGUGGCCCUUUGACGGAAACCUGAACUUUGAGAUUGAGUGCAACAUUGAUCCCAGCAAACUUGACACCCCUGAAGUGUUUGCACCUCUUAGCAUAAAGCGUUUCAUCGGUGGGUCCAAUGAAGUGCUUUUUCCUCCGCAGACCAAGUUCAGAGUCAAGGAGGAGAAAGAUGUGCAACGGGUGACUGAGAAUGACGAGACUAGAGACGUUCACACACGUGUGCUGGAAGUCAUUGAACUGCCAGUCCCGCAUGUGACUGGUGAGAGGCGACGAUAG